AUGCACCUCCGUCAGUGCCUGCCAUGGGCUCUGCUGGCAGUCUUGCUCCCAGCGAUCUCGACGGCGUCGCAGAUACCAUUCUCGAAGCCGUCUCCAUCUCGGAUGACAAGGACCAUCGUCGAUGCUCUCAAUGAAGACCCAGACUACACCUCCCUGCUUCGGUUGUUACAAAGGACACGACUUAUCCCAACUCUCAACAGGCUCAACGCAACCACAUUCUUUGCCCCGACUAACAACGCGAUCAAGAAACACUCAUCGCAGCCCGGCUCCCUCUGGCGCUUCGGUCUAGAGGAGGAAACGGAUCUCGUUCCCGACAACAUCCAGGAGCAACUCCGACAGCAACUUUUCUAUCAUCUUUUAAACGAGACAAUAUCACCGCUCCCAGAGGAGAGCUCAGUACCCUUCUAUAAGACUCUCUUGUAUCCCCGGAAACCUUCGGAGCCACCAACGCGCGAACCACCGCCCUACCCGCCAUGGAUGCCCAUUCCCGGUGGCACACUCGGUGGAGAACAACAGCGACUACGACUUGCGUCUCUGGAGAACAAUUUCCACGUGGGUGUCGAUGCAUUUGGCCAAGGGGGUGCGAAAGUCGUCAAAGGAGUGCAGGAUGUGGGGAAUAACACGGAUAAUUUUGUCCUGUUGGGCAUCGAUGACGUCCUGGAGCCACCACCAGACCUUGCGUCCGUCGUCCAACAGUAUUCAACGAUCUCGUACUUCCAGAAGAUCAUGACGCCGGAAAUCAUGACGCGUCUGAACUCGACGUCAGAGCUAACGCUUUUCUUGCCGGUUGAUAAAGCUUGGGAGGCCUUCCAUCCAAUCGAACGUCUUUAUCUUGAAAGCGAAUUUGCAUCAGACGAUUUGCACCGGAUACUCGACAUGCACGCCGUCAUCGAGGAGCACGUUGCUUGGUCCGACUCCUUUGAGUCCGGGUUGAAGCUGACAACUGUCAAAGGAACCAAGUUGGAGUUUGAAGUCACGCCUGAAGGAACCAAAGUUCGAAAUGCCAAACUUACACAACCUGACAUCUACGCGUCAAAUGGUGUCCUGCACCUCGUGUCCUCCUUGCUUCUUCCGCCUGAUUCUCUCAAACUAACACCAGAGAAGUACCUUCUCGCUCUCAACUGCACCAAGUUUGUUUCGCUUUUACAUUCGGCCGACCUCGAGCAUCUCAUCAACGACACGCACUCGAAAUACACGAUUCUUGCCCCAAGAGACGACAUUCUUAGCAUAUUUGAGGACCCUGAAUUCCCGGAACCCGGUUCAGAAGAGCUGAAGAAGGUGUUGCAAUAUCACUUUAUUCCCGGGCAUUGGACACCCAACAAACUGAAGACGGGAAGCUUGUUGGAGACUGCCCUGAAAGAGCCGGGUUUGAACGAUCAUAGUCAAGUCUUGUUUGUCGAGGUUCAGUCUGAGGAUAAGAAGAAGUCGGCUAGCAAAACUAUCAGCUUUGGAGGGGCUGGGGUAAUUGGUGACCCGGUCGAAGUCAACAAUACUUUGAUUUACUUCGUUUCACGGCCCCUCACACCUCCGCCUGAUGUUUUCCAGGCCGCAUUGCCUUUCCUUGAUCUCUCAUCUUUCUUGGCUGCGGUAUUUUCGACCGCCAAAGCUGAAGCCCUUCGAGUACAACCCAGUACCACUUUUCUAAUUCCGCACAACGAUGCCUUCAAGCGCCUCGGACUCUUGGUCAGUGCCCACCUUCUCUCAGCCUCCUCGAAGGACGACCUGGAGAACGUCAUCAUGCACCACGUUUUGGACACGGUGCAGUACGCGGCCCCCUUCCAGAAUGGCUCGCAGCACAGCUUCAGCACGUUGGAAGGCAGCGACAUCAAGGUGGAUCGGUUUGCGAAUGGGACGGCCCUCGUCAGCUCCAGUGGUGGUUGGGCUGAUUUGCGCGCGGGGCUGCAGACCCGGGACCUUCUGACGAAAACGGGCGUCAUACACGAGCUGUCAGACAUCAUGAUCCCGCGCUCGGUCAGCAUAUCUAUUGGGAAGCUUGUGAAAGCAGCGAAGGGCAGCACCAUGACGACUCUAGUCAAUAAAGCAGGAUUCGAGUGGAUCCUGAAUGGUACAGCACCACCUGAAGGUUCUCCGUGGUCAGAUGCCAAUGUCGGAUGGACACUGCUCUGUCCACCAGACGAUGCAUUCAAGACGUACAACUUGACGCAAUUAUACUCGGACCUUGAGGGCCUGCGGAGCCUCGUCGCGCAACACCUUAUUCCAACGCCCGUGCAGGCGACAUUGGGGGAGUCCGAUGACCCUGUCAGUAACAACCGCCCUCUUGUCUUGGAGGACGCGACCUACUCCACCCUCCAAUCUGAGCAGUCAGCAUACGGUGACAUUGUGUUCCAGCGAAAGACCGGCUCCGCUGAUUUCAUCGUCGGCAUCAAGGGUGCCCGUGGCACCGAUGGAAAGGACGACUGGGCCCGCGUCGUCGCCUGGGGCCGCUCGACAACGGGCGGUGGGACAGGCGGUGUCAUCCAGAUUGACCGCCUGCUGACCCCGUAUAAACCCUCGUGGUGGUUCGCGUACGGCGCACCGUCCGCUGUGGGCGGUGGCGGUAUGGUUGCAAUAUGCGGCUUCUUCUAUGGUGUCAGAGCAAUCUGGAGACGAGACACAACUGAAGCGACGUACGAGCCUGUCGGUGGGUUCGGACGAGAUGAUGAUGAUUCAUAG